AUGGCGCACCCACCACCUGAGUACCAGCGUGACUUGAAAGUCCCCGCCGCCGGGUACUCCGACAUGCCCAUUCCGGUGACCUACGAGAACGCCCCGAUUCCCUUGCACAUCGACCCGGGCCUCCAGUUGGCAACAACUACCAGCAACAAAUUCGUCGUUUCCGACAACCCAGACAAGGAGACAUGGUCCACGAACGCGUUAUCCGCCGUCCCCAGGCUCCACGCCGAAGCAUUCCCACCUUCACCCGCAGCACCCACAGAACCGCCCGCGCGCCGGACAAUAUGCGGGUUCCGGCGUCGAACGUUCUUGAUAGUUUUGGCGAUCAUAGCCGUGCUCCUCGUGGGCAUUGCCGGGUUGGUGAGCGGUCUCGUCGUGUCCCGGAACAAUUCCAACGGGGUCAACAACAACGAGCCGAUACCAGCACCUGCACCAACACCGUCCAGCCCGAAUGACCACGCACAGCCCUCUGCCGGCCCGCCCAAGAUGCUCAACAACACCCAGCUUGCCGUGGCCCGGUGGAGCGAGCCGGCCCACGGCGCAAUGAGUUUUGUGGCCUACCAAGACCCCGUCGGGUCUCUAAUGCUCGGGGUGUGGACCCAGAAUGACAAGGCGUGGAAGUCGGUCAAUGUGUCGGAGCGGCUGCUGGAGGCGUCGAAUCCGAUACAGCCGAAGCUAGGGACGCCAUUGGCGUGUGCCACCAAUGAUGGGUAUUAUAUCGCCAUCUUCUUCCUGGACACCUCCAACGUCGUCCGCGCCGUGUACACCAAGUCCGACGACACCUACCGCUACUGGCGGCCUACUCAUCUGUAUUCUGACGCCCGCCUCCUGGCGGCACCAGAUACCCAGCUGUCCGCUUACUGGCUUGACUGUACUCCUGCGUGCCGCGGCAACCCCGAUGGCGGCGACCAGAUCCGUUUGUUUUUCGAGUCUGCGUCCGACGACAUGUUGCAUGCAUAUGUCGGCGCUCCGUGGAAGGAAGCACCGAGUUUCUCGCAGUCGGGGCGCGCUGCGUCGGCGCUGGCCGCGGUGCCGUUUAUGUACAAUGGGAACGGCUUGGGGAUGAGGUUGUUUUUUGAUGUGGGGGACAAGUUGGCGAUGAAGAGCUGGGGUAAUAGCACUGGAUGGCAUUACGCGGACGCCUUCAAAGGAUCCACGCACCCAACCUUCCCCUCGCAACAAAUCGCCGCCAGCUCCUUCGCCGUAAGCCCCUCCGACGUCAACAACAAUCAACCCGUUCUCUCCUGGGCCCUGAUAGCCCUACAGCUAGAGCAAGACGGCCAGCUGGCCGCAACAUACUGGGACCCACGGGUCCCAUCCAAAGGCGCAGUCGAUAAGUGGACGUUUGGGAGCCGCGUGGAGUUGGUUGGGGGGCCCGAGCCGGCGCCAAGGUUUCAGAGGAUCGCGAUGAAUAUCGACCGCAAGUUUUAUGGGAUUGCCGAUAACGUGAUCUUGGAGUAUCAAGUGGAUCAGGCGGACCUGACCAGGUUCGUAUAUGUUGGGGAGGUCAAGUUCUGA